AUGGCGGACACAGCCCCUAUGGAGGUGGAGGAGCCACAACAGCAGGAGGAGAAGAAGGGCAAGGGCAAGGCCAACGGCAAGCGCUUCGAGAUCAAGAAAUGGAACGCCGUGGCCAUGUGGUCGUGGGCCAUCUGCACUGACACCUGCGCCAUCUGCCGCAACAACCUGUACGAGCCGAGCAUAGAGUACCAGGCCAACCCCACAGGCGAUGCCGACCAUCCCGGGCUGAGCAUUGCGUGGGGCACCUGUGGCCACGUGUUCCACCUGGACUGCAUCCAGCGAUGGCUCAAGACGCGCUCCGCCUGCCCGCUGUGCAAUCGCGAGCGGCCGGAGCACGUUUGCAAAGAGAGGUGGAGCAUGGGCGAGGUGGGGGACCUGGACGUUUCCAAGCUGCAAGGAGAGCUCCAUGAGCUGAACAGGCAGCGCGUGCAGGAUGUGCGACCUGGGCCUGGCGAUGGCCCAUGGCCCCCGCUCGAGGAGCAGAGCCGGCGUCCCAACCUCUCGUCGGUGGUGGCGGCACCGGUCAACGAUGGUCCAGACAGGAAGCGGCCUGCGGAGGGGUCGCUGCUAGAGGAGAACGUGGAUGUCAAGCGGCGCAACAAGCGCCUGUUUGGUGCCAUCCUGGGCACGCUGCAGCGCUUCAGUCGCGAGGAGGAGCAAGCCAAGACCACCGCGGCGGCGCAACGACGUGCUGAGCUGGAGCGCAAGGCUGAGGAGAAAAAGGCAGAGGAGGGCCGCCGCCUGCGUCAGCAGGCGCGGGAUGAGAUGCGGCAGAUGAGGUACGCUUGUUGGUAG